AAUGAACUAUCAUUGCUAUCGAUAUACGGAAAGUGUAAAAUACGUAAGCAAGCAUCACUGUUGCGUUUUUUUCUUUUAUAUUUUACAUGAGUGCGAUGCAAAAAACCGGCUUAUAAUAUAACAACAAGAUAUGACGGAUCCCUCCGAGCCAAAGCCCGUGCUACUCUCGAAGCAUGCCAAGCACUUGGUGCGCUUUCUGCACUUGUUGCCGGCGCGAUUGUCCUCGCACGACAACACCAGGAGCACAAUUGUGUUUUUUGCCGUCUGCGGCUUGGAUGUACUAAACUCGCUGCAUUUAAUAACGCCACAGUUGCGCAAGGACAUCAUCGAUUGGACAUACGGCGGCCUUGUCAUCCCACGCGACAAUGAAAAGCAACAAGCUGGUUUUAUGGGUUGCCGAGCGAUGUUACCCCAAACCGAGGACGUUGAGGUGCUGGAAUGCAUGCGGAAAUAUCAAUGGGGACAUUUGGCCAUGACAUACACGAGCAUCGCAGUGCUGGUGACGCUGGGCGACGAUCUGUCGCGACUGGAUCGUCAGACUAUUGUGGAUGGUGUGGCGGCUGUGCAGCAUGCGGAUGGCAGCUUCAGUGCCUGCAUCGAUGGCAGUGAGAAUGAUAUGCGUUUUGUGUAUUGUGCUGCCACAAUUUGCCACAUGCUCGACUGUUGGGGCAGCGUCAACAAGGAGACCAUGUUUCAAUUCAUAAUGAGCAGCCUGCGCUAUGAUUACGGUUUCAGUCAGGAGCUGGAGGGUGAAUCACACGGUGGCACCACGUUUUGUGCCCUUGCCGCAUUGGAGUUGAGCGGUCAGCUGCAUCGGCUGGAUGCGGCAACACUGGAGCGCAUUAAGCGUUGGCUUGUCUUUCGUCAAAUGGAUGGGUUUCAGGGCAGGCCCAAUAAGCCCGUGGAUACGUGUUACUCGUUUUGGAUUGGCGCCGCAUUGCGUAUUCUGAACGGCUUCAAGCUAACCGACUAUGCAAAGAAUCGUGAAUAUAUACUGAGCACACAGGAUGAACUGAUUGGUGGCUUUGCCAAAUGGCCAAGAUCCUCGCCAGAUCCAUUCCACACGUACCUGGGCCUCUGCGGACUGGCGUUCAUUGGUGAGCCGGGCUUGAACGAUGUUAUGCCCAGCCUGAAUAUCUCCAUGGCCGCCUAUGCGAACCUCAAUCAACUCCAUGAACAUUGGCGCGGCACCGAUGACCUUAAGCAGUUGCGGCUAACUGGAGACGCCACAACGAAAUCUACCUCGAGUUCCUCGCCUCUGAUAUCAGCACAAUGAUGUUGGAAAUGUUAAUGCACACAAUUUCAAUUUUAUACGCUUAUUAACAGCAUUUUUUAUAUAUUUUCCUAAACGUAUUUAAGUAAAAAAAGCUGGAAAUUAUUGUUGAA